AAGGCUGCAUGAGACAGUGGGACAUAUUACAUCCACCCACAAACGAAAUAUAACACCAUCAAGAUGAUACAUAUAUGGAUUGUUCUGAUUUUUCUCCAUCAAGGAUACUCAGUGAUUUCCGUAAUCAAAGGAGAAUUGGGUGAACCUGUCAACUUAACUUGCUUGUUCUAUGAUUCGGACUACAGCAGCACCCGAGUCAUGUGGUACAAACAGAGUCUUGGAGACAGUCUUAAAUUAAUAACAAAACAGUUAAAGGCUACCCUUAAUCCUGGUUUGGAGCAAGGGUUUCCUUCCUCACGAUUUGCUUUAAGCUUAACGCAGAACAAGAGCACAUUGACCAUUCUGAAAACUAUUAAAGAGGAUGAAGCAGUAUAUCAUUGUGCAGUCAUGACCUGGAGAACAGAUGAGUGGACUGGAACCUAUUUGUCUUUAAGAGACAGCAAUACAAGAGCAAUAAACCACACUAUUGUUCAGCAGCCAGAUAUAUCUGAUCCAGUGCACCCUGGGGACUCUGUUACCCUCCAGUGUUCAGUCUUCUCUCGUUACCAGAUGGGGACCUGUCCAGGUGACCAAACAGUGCUGUGGUUUGGAGUCAAAAAAGACACAUUCCUUGAAAGCAUCAUCUACACAGAUACAAACACUCCUUACAAGUGUGACAGGCAGCCUGACAUAUCAUCCCAUUCAAAACGCUGUGUGUAUCACUUCUCAAAGAAGGUCAGCUUCUCUGAUAGUGGGAUGUACUACUGUGCACUGGCCCUCUGUGGGGAGAUUAUAUUUGGAAACGGAACCCAAAUUCAAAGUACAGUUGAAGAUUCACAAGGCAGCAGAUGGAAAGAUUAUGAGAGGCCUCUGAUGUUUACUCUUCUGGCUAUAUGUGUUUUUGCGUUUGUUAUGACGACCUUCUGGACAAAAGGAGAUUUUUACACAGCUAAUAAUUCUCUACAUGGAAACAGUAAAAAACACAAUUUACAGGAAGAAGAGGAUAGACGGAUUUACUCUACAGCUGUCUUUACUGUGAUAAAAAAUAUAAGUGGAAGAGAUGCGGAAGCAGCAAAGAGGGAGAAGAUUUAUGUUUCUCUCAAACCUAUUGGAGAGAAAUAAAGAGUCAAUCCUGGGAAUUUUUUAUAUCACCAUGAAGCAUGUAACUGCAGCAAGAGGCCUUAUACAACACCAUGAGGUUUUAUGCUUUUACUUCUAGAAGUGACUGUUUUUGGACAAGACUGCAAAACUAUAAAGGGAACUCUGUCCCUCGUGGACAUCAGGGCCAAUAACAUUCAGUGCUGUGCAAGGUCUAUGGCUCUGAGUAAUGCAUUUUUAUUUUCUGUGUUAGCACACUUCUACUCUUAUCACAAUACAGAUCAGUAAAAUACAGCAGUGGCAGCUUUUGUAAUCAAUGUAGUCUUAAACAGAGCUCUUUUAAAAGCCAGCAUUUAAAAGAGCUCAGUUAAUUUUUCCAGUGUUAAACAGUUCAAGGUUGUUCAACUAGAAAAACAAAAGUUUACCUACUACCUUUAAAAUGUAAGUAAAAUCAACUAGAAAUGCAUCUUUCUCUCUUCUCAGGUUCCGAUAGUUGAUAGCUGAUAGUUGUGGGACUGCUAACUUCAAAGCCAUAAUUAAAUCGACCAUUUGGGAUAUGACAAAAUUAUACAGCAGGAAACAAUACAUAAACUACAUACUCAAAUAAACUUAAAUGCUUAAAGUUGAAAAUCAACAAAUUAACAGAUUCCUUCAAAGACUGGGAGUCAGUAGAGAGGAUGAAAUUGGGCUGUAACAUUUCGCAAUGAACAAUUGUGAAAGUAAUAACUGAGCAAAGUUGUAUAAACCUAUCUAACUGACUUCCUGCUACUCUGAGAAAUGAAAUGCUGAGGUAGGCAACUUCUGCACUUAGUCGUUUAUAAAAGGUGUUAAAAUGAAAUAUGAAGUAUUCAUGUCUCUUUUUCCAUUUUG